CACAAAAUUUGACUGUGGUAACGUGGUGAACGCACUGACCGAUUCCUCAAUAAUAUAAGACUACUGUCACGUCUAUAGGACUGACUGUCGUUACUCAAUUAAAAGCUGUUGUCAGAUCUGCUCUUGCUGAUAAGGAAGGGGGUCCAUUCAUAACUAUCUUUGAAAAGGAAGGUUGGUUCAAUUCAGGCGCAGCUGAAACCGGAAGCUGUUGAAGGUACACUGGGGAGUGUUAUUUGUUUGUUUUUUAAAUGACAGAUGAUAAUAACAUUAAACUGAGAUAUAUGCAGCACUUAGAUACAGCACUAAAACUUGCUGAUACUAAAGGUUUUUCGCAAUGGGGGCGAUUGAAGCACCUUUGUUUAUUGAGAUGUUCAGGUAAUUCACCGAAACUCUGUUACGUCCCACUGCUGCCACUCCUACAAAUGCUCGCGGCUGUGAACUAUGUUGUCAAACUGGUAUGUCUCGUACCUGAUGAGUUAAGAUGUCGAUGUGAAUGUGAACACAGCCAUAAUAUACAGCAACAAGGCAGGAGAUCUCUGGAGAAAUCUGAAAGUGUUUUUCUUUUAAAGUUUCCUUCUACGGAGCACAAAAGAGUGUCAAGGCACAAUGCUGGGGUUUCCAGCUAUAUGUUUCAGCUUGAUAUCCCUACUGCAUCUUGUUUGGGGCAGAGUGAUUUACAAUGGAAAUGAUGUGUUCCUAGAAGAGAAGUCAGCAGGUUCGUUUCUCUCCCGUCAACUGUUGUAUAACAGUUGGGAUUUUGAGUUAGUGGUCCCUGACAAUCUAAAGAGGGAAUGCAUUGAGGAAAUAUGCUCAUAUGAAGAGGCCAGAGAGGUGUUUGAAGAUGACAUACAGACGGCCACAUUUUGGGAAGGCUAUGUCAAUAGUCAUGAGUCUUCAGCCCCAGUGGAUGUGUCUGGUUUGGUAGCUGGCAUUGUGGCUAUUGUCAUAACAGCUAUUAUAGCCACUGUUUUGGGCAUAUAUUGCUACAAGAACAGAGGCAAAAAUUCAAGAGGGGGCAGUGUUCCUGUGCAAAUGGGUGUGGAUGGGCAGCCAAUACCUGAAUCUUUGCCCUUGGCUAACAGGGCUCCAGGUCUCCCCUCGUACAAUGAGGCUCUGACCCACAGCGGCCAGCAUGAUGCACCUCCACCGCCGUACUCUGGGGGAAGUCCAGCCGAGCCACCACAAACUCAAGAAGAGGAAUGACAAAGACAUGAUGAUGUUGUUGUUGUUUUUUAAAUAAGGGAGGGGAGAGGGGUGAUACAGGGUUUUACUGGUGGAAAAGUGCAGCUUCAGUCAGUAGAUAAUUUAUUAUACUUUCGCUACAUGUUCAGCAGUUAACCCUAUUUUAUUCUUUUAGAAUCAUUUUGCUAUUAUCAUCAUGGAACGCAGUUUCAGUGUGAAUGUUGUCAAUAUUUUCAUGAAUCAGGUUUGUUCACUUUUUAAAAAAAGAGUUUUAUCAAAUGGAAUUUAAUUGUCAUUAUUAAUAAAAGAAAUGAAAU